AUGAAGUCGAACGCAGCUAGUUAGAGUGCGUCACAACAACAUUGUUGCCGAUCAGGAAACGAAACGAUCAUAUUUGUGCUGUCUCUACUUUAGUUUUCUCCUGAAUAACUACAUAGAAACCUUUCAACAUGGUCAAAGUGUCUUUUAAUACGGCUCUCGCUCAAAAAGAUCCAAAAAAGGACAGCGAAAGUCUCAUUCCUGUUGUUCAGGAUCCAGAGGCAGCAGCUUUUGUGCGUCAGCAGUCAAGGGUGUGGUGCUUGUGCUUCUGUCUGGGAUUGGCUCUCGUGCUCUCAGGUUUAGUGGUGGGCGGAGCUUACCUGUUUAGGUACUAUGUGCAGGAGGGUCAUGACAGUCUGGAGGGUUUCCCAGCAUUUCGAAGUGGAGACAUGGGUUUCCCAGCUUUUCGAAGUGGAGACAUGGAGAGAGUGGACGGUGGGUUUUACUGUAGGGUGGGAUACAUUGAUGAAGACUAUGAGAUGAACGAAGAGAUGGAUGAGGAUAUACCGCUGACGUAUAUCGAAGAGAAUGUGACCUUUUUGGAUGAUGAUGAGGUUGAAUUUAUUAGAGUUCCAGUCCCUGAGUUCAGAGAGAGCGACCCAGCUGAUAUCGUGCAUGACUUCAGUAAGAUGCUGACUGCAUAUCUGGACCUGGAUCUGAACAAGUGCUACAUCAUUACUCUGAACACCUCGAUCGUCAUGCCACCCAAGAGCUUUCAAGAGUUUCUGGUCAACAUCAAUGCAGGAACUUAUCUUCCUCAGUCUUAUAUGGUGCAUGAAGAGAUGUUGGUGACAGAGAAGUUGGAGAGCACCAGUGAACUGGGUCUUUACAUCAAUAACCUAUGCAAGGGCAAAGACAUGUACAGACUGCAACGCAGAGACACGAUACUGGGCAUGCAGAAGCGUGAAGUUCUCAACUGCCACAAGAUUCGUCACUUUGGAAACAAGUUUGUUGUGGAGACCAUGAUCUGCGAACCUUGAGGAACGUCAGUCGGUUAAUAAAAUGAGUGAGAUAUAUAUGCAGCAGCAGCAAUAUAACUCAUCUGCAAUACAGUCCAACGCUUCUCUAUCUGUUUUUUUCUUUGGCUUUGGGUUUUUCGUAAGCUAUGCACAAUUAAAUGAUUUACUAAACCUAUGCACAAAAACAAAUGUGAAAUGCUUAUGAGAUUUAUGCACUGUAAUGUGUAUCUAAUACUUUAUUUUUAUAAAUGUUAAAGCGCCAAAUUGCACACAGAACACAAACAUUAACAGUUUAGAAAAUUCUGUACAUAAUAAAGUUAAGACUGGAUAAUAAAGUAAUGAAAUAAUACAGACCUAUUGUUUUCCAAAGAGUUUGAGGAUUUUUGUAAAUCUAAAUGAAACAGGGGUUUACACUGGAACAUCUGUUGUAUUGAAUUGUGAUACUGUUAACUGUUUGUAAUGGCAAAUUAAGCUUUUUAACUGAAACAUAAUGUUGCAUUGCUAAAAUCCAUGAUAUCACAAUUUAGGGUUUUCUUUUUAAAUAUAUCCCUUCUUUCUGGGCUGUUUUUUUUUUAAAUGAUCUGUUACAUUGAAUUGAGAUAUAAUAAAACAUAAGGAUGUUUUAAUCAUAAAAGCUAAAACUACUAAUAAUGUUCUUAUUUGAAAUCACUAUUUUUAUAUUCUCUAUAUUUUCUGAUUUGUAAAUGACCUGUCAAUAAAAAGACCAAUCUGACUCCAA